GGGGUGAAAGAAGUGCGCACGUGACCGAUACUCCUUGGGCGCCGCAUGGCCGAGGCGGGAGAAGAAGGAACGUGUUGGCAUCAUGGGGCGGCUGAGCAAAACUAAGAAUCAGAAGAAAGAGCGUGCAGUUGCGCAGCAACGAUCUGAGGAGGAGUAUGGCUCUGUGCCUCACUCCUUUGUCUUUCACCGGGGUCAUGUUGGCAAAAACCUGCAGCAGCUCAUCCUGGAUGUACGGCGUGUGAUGGAGCCCUACACAGCCACUAAUCUCAAGGUGCGAAAAAAGAACACGUUGAAAGAUUUUGUGACAGUGGCUGGACCAUUGGGUGUGACUCACUUCUUGGUGUUCUCAAAAACUCCUACCACUAUCAACCUUAAACUUUUUCGUCUUCCUGGUGGACCAUCCCUGACCUUCAGAGUUAUGCAGUAUUCACUCAUCAAGGAUGUUGUGUCAUCCCUGAAGCGGCACCGGAUGCAUGAGCAGCAGUUCACCCACCACCCGCUCCUGAUACUCAACAACUUUGGCCUUCAAGGCAUGCACAUCAAGGUCAUGGCUACCAUGUUCCAGAACAUGUUUCCUUCUAUCAAUGUCCAUAGGGUUAAUCUGAAUGCCAUCAAGCGCUGUGUACUGAUCAGCUUUGACCCAGAUACCCAGACCCUUGAAUUUCGUCACUACAGUUUGAAAGUGGUGCCUGUAGGGAUGAGCAAAGGGUUGAAGAAGUUCCUGCAGGAGAAGUUUCCCAACAUGAGCCGCCUCCAGGACAUCAGUGAGCUGCUGGUCAAAGAUGUUGCCCUCUCUGAGAGUGAAGCUGAGCAGGACGGCAGUCACAACAUUACAGAGCUGCCCCAGGCUUACGCAGGCCGUGGGAACAUGAAGGCAGAGCAGAGUGCUGUACGCCUCACUGAGAUUGGCCCUCGAAUGAAGCUGCAGCUCAUCAAGGUGGAAGAAGGCUUAGGUCAAGGCAGUGUGUUAUAUCACAGCUUCAUUCACAAGACGGACAAAGAGAUCCAGGAGGCCCUAGCAAGGAAAGAAGAGAAGUUACUGCAGAAGGCAGAACGCCGCCGCAAGCAGGAGGCAGAUGUGGAGCGUAAGAAGGAGCAGAGGCAAGCUCACAGGAAGAAGAGCCUGGAAGGAAUAAAGAGAAAGAAGAAACAAUCUGAAGGAGGUGACAGUGAUGCAGAGGAUCCUGGGAUGCUGGAGGACCAGAACGCAGACGAGCCAUCAGAUGAUGACUCAGAAUAUUACCGACAGGAAGUGGGAGAAGAACCUGGUGAAGAUCUGUUUCCACAAAGCACCAAGCGGAAACGAGGCCUUGGCCAAUCCGUGAAGCCCAGAAAAAGAUGUAAAUACUCUCACUCUACAGUUGAUCAGAACCCAGAACCUGCAAGCAUAAGCUCAAAGGUGAAGCACAGGAAGAUUCCACGGCCCAGGCAGGGGUGGCAUCCGAGAGACUUUCCUGAUGGGAGAGAGCAACAGAAGGACACGAGGCAGCAAGGGAGAGCACAGAAUACCAAGCGGAAGCAAGCCAGAAGUCCUAGGCAGCACCGUGCUAAGCAACGGCAUGGCUCAAAGCUUCAGGGGCCCUGGAGGCAGGGCAAGUCCAAAAUGCAGAGGAAGCAAGCACCAAAAGGAAAAGGAACCUUAAGAAAGCAGAGACGUUCAGGGACAAAGAGACCAGCAUAGUUUUGUGGGACUGUGCUUCUCUUGGUGUUUGCUUGUGUAAUAUACUGCCUCUCCAAGCCGCUUGUGUGCGUCUCGUAUGUCUGGCUUGCAUCAUUGCUGUGAAAAGCAAAAUUAGUCUGAAUCUGUGUGGGAUGAGUUGUAGGCAGAUCCUGAUUAGGAAUGGCAGCUGACUGGGUUCAUAUAACAGUUACUGCUGAGGGAGAGAGACGUGGGACCGGAGAAAAAUAGAUCAUAGCUAGAAUAAGUGGUUUAUGCAGGUGUGAAUCCUUGAUGAAUGCUAUCUCCAUCUCUUUCCUUCUCCUACUCCCCAGUCCUCCAUUGCUAUUUCACUAACAUCAGUGAAGUCACAUUUGAAAAUCUUCAAGUGCUUCUUAGGAGAUGGGGAAAGUGUAGUGGAAGGUGGGCAUUUCAACUCUUGAGGGUGCUUUUGCAGCAAAGGUGCUGGUUUCCUUGCUUAUUCAGGGAGGGUGUAUGCGAUCUACACAGCAGGGCAAGAUUACAAGAGCAAGUCCCAAUUGUAGCCAGGCCAUUCAGUAUAUUCAGGAAAGUAGCUUACCAAGAAACACUCUAGGGCCUUAUUGCAGCAAUCACUGUGGUUGGGGAUUUCCAUGUGUGCUGCUGCAACAGCGUUUGUAGAUGAGAAGUUUGUGAAAGUAAUUCACAAGUCUGACCACUUAGAAAUGCGGAGAGGGGAAAAAAACCACUUGUGAGUUGUGAAGUCUGCCUAUACCUCCCAAAGCAGAACAGUGGGUGUUUGGGGAGUACUGUAGAUGCCAUUCCCAGUUGGCUACCCACUUGUGCUUUGAGCUGAGGAGUAUGACCCUUGCUAGCUGGAAUGCAGCCCUGCUUGUUUUCACAAAGGUGUUAAUUCUAUGCCUUGCACAUUUACUUGGAUGUUAACCUCACUGAGUUCAAUGGGACUUUCUCUCAAAAUCCAUACAUAUUAAAAUAUCUGGCCUUCACUCAGAAUGAAUGAAUCUUGAUUGUAGAGGGUUGGCUCUUUUAUUUUUUAACGAAUCUUUAGGAUGUGGUCAUGGGCACAGCCAACUUCUCUCUUCUCUGAUCAGAGUGGAAUCAGAUUCCUUUUGCUUCUUCCUUGUCCAGAUCAUAGUAUCCACAAUGGAAAGUGGGGAGGUGGAGGACUGUUUUUAUUAAAUAGGAAAAAGGGACCUGUUGGUAAGAGGGAGCUGAAGUCCAUCCCCCUCCUCCUCCUUUCUUACUAUGGUCUGUUGCCUGAAGCAUUUUGUCCCAGUCUGAUGCCACUGUUGGAAGAAAGCCAAGCAGAAAAAAAAUGCUUCAAGAAGUGCUGUGAGAUAAGGUGGGAUUAACUUCCUUCCCUCAACAUGCUUCACUUUCCAGUUUUUUCACAACCUACUUUACACAUGAAUGGGCAGAAUGCACGUGAAUAAAUAAAUGAGUGUGCCCUUGUCUCACACAUUCUGGCCCUCAGAGACUGCUGUUGAAUUAUUUAAACAGAUAUAUCAUCCAUAGUACACAGUACUCUCCCUGUGCUACCAAAUUUACAGCAAAUACAGCUGUAAAUAAUGGCUGGAUCCCUCCAACCCACUUUUUUAAGUAUUUCAUAGAGAAUCAUCUAUUAGCAAUCAGUAUUAAAUAAGACUGGAGUCCAGUAGCACCUUAAAGACCAACAAGAUUUCCAGCGCAUAAACUUUUCGAGAGUCAAGUUUCCUUUGAUAUUCAAAAGCUUAUUCCCUGAAAAUUCUGUUGGUCUUUAAGGUGCUACUGCUCUCCAUUCUUGCUCUUCUACUGUGGGCCAACACUUCUACCCACCUGAAAGUAUUAGAUACAGAACCUGUAUCUUUUUAACAACACCUAAUAAAGAACAAAGGUGAAAUAGAGCUGACCCAAGCAUCAGCACAGAGUGUCUUCCCAAUUUUGCAUUCUAUUAUAAAGGAAUAGAGUUUCCUUUUCUCUCAGUCUCAGAGCCACUGUGUUGUAGGGGGUAGGAUGGCAUGGUGGACCAGGAUCUGAGACAGACAGAUUUGGGUGGGCUGCCCAUCAUCAUUUACUUACUUGAUUUAUAAUCUGCUUUUCUCAAAUUUGAGGCAGAUUAUAUGGUGUAAAACAAUCAAAUAGCAUGAGAUAUCUAUUAACUUGCACAAAUCUGCUAACCUGUGUGCAACAAUGCAAUAGGACUAAGAUUCUAUGAUUACAAAAGUUAGAAAAAUGAAAAAAGCAUCAGAUUCCACAUACGGAAUAGUCUGCCCAAAGAGGUCAGAUCCCCCCUAAUAGAAUGGUUUGCCUGAAGAGGUCAUGGAAGCCUCCUGCUCUCCUGGCUGUCUGCAAAUUAUGCAAAACUGAAUUAUUCAAGAGGGCUUUCCCCCAUAGUAUACAGAACUGUGUUCAAAGAAUAUGGUUCAGAAAGAUGUAUUGGUAAAGGGAUAGGGACUGUAGACUAUACUACUGAGUACAGUCUAUUGCUUUAAAUAUGCACCUACUAGAUAGUUUCUGCAUUGUUUAAUAUGUCAUGGCCAUUUGCUUACGUUUUGUUUCAGCAUUGAUUUCAGCUCUGUACUGGAUUUCUGCUACUUUUCAUUUUUCUGCAGUCAUUUACCUAUUGCAUCUUUAUUGAAUGUCCCAGCUGUUGAUCACAUUGACUAAAACUGUGUAAUCCACCUUCAGUCUCAGAGAGAAAAGCAGACUAUAAAGUAAAUUAAAUUAAAAUAUCAAGCUAUGCAGAAAAUAAAAUGACAGUAGAACACAAUGUAGUAAGAGCACAAUAGUACAUAAAAUAGAUUGCUAAUACAUAAUAUAUAUAGGGGCAUACAGUCAGUCCUCUAUUACUUCAUUACCUUUAUUAAAAUCCCUUCCCAAACAACACUGAUUUACAUGGUUUGCGGAAUUACAGAAGUGAGGGAGUGUUUGUGGGGCCAGCUUGAGGGGCGAGGGUGAGGAGCAAGACAAAGACACAGAGACCACUACUGGAUUUUAAAAGACCACAACUUUAUUGAUUACAGCUUGAAGAAGUCUUGGUGCAGCAUGCAUCAUGGAUCUCUAGUAUUGGCUGACCCACCUGCCAGCCAAUGACCCCUCGCCCCCUAAGACUACCAGGGGAGGAGGGGCACCACAGGAUGAUAGCAAGUGGGAACUAUCUGAACGUGGAUCAGGUACCCAUACUUCCCUUGCCUUGGGUUGUAUCUCUGGGUACAGAUCCGGCCCAAGUCCCCUUGCUUACCCAGGGAAAAGCUUGUAAGCACCCAUGCACUGCCCUUUGACCCCUACUGAUUUGGUCCCCUUCUUGGGAGAGAUGCUGUUCUCAAACACUGCAGUAGUGGGAGAGAGGGCAGUGGCUACUGCCUGCCCCGGGAAUCUCCCAAAGAGAGAAUGAGUGCCCUGAAAAGCGAAGGCCCACCAAUGCUGGGACCAUGCCCCAAGCAUGUCUUCCCCCUUCUCACACCUGGGACAGCAAUUUGCUGGCUGCCAGGUCUGGAGCUGCUCUGAGCUCUGCCGUGAGCAAACACAGCCUGUCCCAUGGAGCUGCUGCUCUAGCCACUGCACUGCAGCUCCUGCUGCUGCUGCUCCUUCCACUGAACUGUUUGACAUACGUUUAAGAAUUUUUGUUGUUUCAAACUUCAGUAAUCCUAGUCCCAUUGCAUUGCUUAUUAGAUGUCUCAUCCUGUGCCUUCAGUUUCAUUGAGAAAGGCGGGCUGAAAAUAAAGUAGAUAAAUAAUAUGCAUAGGAACAGGCUGCGAGUAGAAUUGUUUUUCAAGUGAACAUGCAUAGGGUCAGACUACAGUGGCGUAAUUCUAGAGCUGCUCACAGGUGAGGGAUCCCUUCCCAGCACCUUUACAUCUUCAGUCCAAACACUAUCACCUCUCCCCUAUGAAUAUUGAUUCCUGCGGGUAGUAUACAUUAGCAAAACAAGUCUUGUGCUCAUUUACCUCUGGGACCUAGUCCCUUAUUAUUUGUCUCUUGUCCUGUCAAAAGCAAUUUCCUCAGCAAUAAGAAGUCUGCAGGACUGUUGUGGAAUGCCAUCUCUCCCCCCCCCCCUCUCUUUUUCUUUGCUGUGAGUCUACUACAACACAAUUUUCUCCCACUCCUUAGUUAGCUUUUCUUUCCCUUUCUCCCUCCCUGUUUUUCUCCAACAUGAUUUUACUUCCCACACUCUGCUGCAGGCUUUUUAAAAAUCAGCGCAAACUACUAAUUCUGCUAUAGUCACUUACAGAGAGAAUUCACACUUGGAAGAUUUAUGGCAGAACUCACCCCUUUUCCCUUGUACAAACAAUUUACACUUGAAAAAGUACUGCUUAUUGACAAUUUUUUUAUUGGGCACCACGUCCCUUUGCACCACUGUAGCUACAGGCCUGCCCUGGUGGGGUUUCCAUGGCAAGAGACUAACAGAGGUGGUUUGCCAUUGCCUGCCUCUGCAACCCUGGUCUUCGUUGGAGGUCUCUCAUCCAAUUACUGACCAAGGCCAACCCUGCUUAGCUUCUGAGAUCUGAUAAGAUAUGGCAUGCCUGGGUAUCCAGGUUAGGGUCCUCAGCUUUUAGGACAGACAUAAAACCAGCAGGACUAAAGCUCCCAGUGAAUAUUAACUGGGGGAUCCAAAAUUUUGUAUUGGUGGGCACUAUCUGAUCACAAAUAUAAACUUAAAUGUAGCAAGACACACAUUUUACUUUAAUUCUGUGCCCGCUGACUGAAGUAAAAGGCAAAGCAUCAAUGGAA